AUGGGGACUGAUGGGCUUUACAUUUUCCUGGAGUCUGUGAUUGCUGUGCUUGCUAUCUUGGGUAAUAUCCUAGUCAUCUGGGUUGUGAAGCUAAAUUCAGCUUGCCGGACAACGACCUGCUACUUCAUUAUCUCACUAGCACUGGCAGAUAUUGCAGUUGGGCUUGCGGCACCAUUAGCCAUCGUGGUGGAUUUAGAUGUCACACUCCCGUUCGAAGCCUGCCUCUUCAUGUGCUGCUUGCUGGUAGCUUUUACUCAGACCUCGAUCAUGUCCUUGCUUGCUAUUGCAGUCGACAGAUACCUGAGAGUAAGGUUCCUUACCCGGUAUAGGAUAUUAACCAGCCAGAAAAGAAUUCAGAUGGCUCUGGGAACAGUCUGGCUGCUGUCCCUGCUGGUGGGGUUUAUACCCAUCUUUGGAUGGGCACAAAAAAACCCAACGGACUUUGAAAACUCAAGCUCCAAGGAAUGUCAUUUCACCAAAGUAAUGAAGAUGGACUACAUGGUGUAUGUCAGCUUCUUUGUUGGCACCUUUAUCCCAUUGAUCAUCAUGGGUGUCCUCUAUGCAAAGGUCUUCUCUAUCAUCCGAACAAAGCUAAGACAAUGGCCAACAAAUGUCAGAGAAAGAAGAAUGUUUUACAAGAGGGAGUUUAGAACAGCCAAGUAUUUGGUUCUGGUCCUCUUCUUAUAUGCUGUGUGUUGGCUUCCUCUGUGUAUCCUGAACUGUAUUCAUCAUUUCCACCCUGCUCUUGAGAUCCCCAAUUAUGUAUGGUACAUGGGCAUCCUUCUCACCCACUCAAAUUCAGUCAUGAACCCCAUUGUCUAUGCUUUUAAGAUAAAGAAGUUCAGAGAAACAUGCAUCCUGAUUUUAAGAACUUAUAUCCUCUGCAAGGAUCCUGAACAUGCACUUAACAGUACUUCUUAA